AUGGGACACUCAGCAGUUUUUAACAAUACUUCAGAUGGUACACAGUCGUCUAAACCCAUCACCAGAAAAUCAGUCACAUUGAAUGAGACCAAUAGAGCUAGCUUAAUAGAAGAUAGAAAUUAUGAUACUGUUAGUAAUGAGCAUGGUAAGAGUGAUGCUUUGGAAAAGCCGAAGGAACAUGGAGAUGCACCCAUGACCGAGGCCACGCAACUUCUGGAUAAUCUAAGCAAGGAUACAACCACAGAAGCACCGAGCAAUGGUGAUCUUGUGCUUGAAAAGACAAAGAGCGAGACACAAAUAGAAUCCACACAAACCUCAACAUCAGUGCAUCAAAUGAACAACCAGACCUCGGCUAUUGUGGUUGUUGGCUGUAAAAGACUGGAUUCUAUUGCUCACAUUACGCGUGCUCUGGAAAAGCAGCCCGAAAUAGGAAAGUACUCCCUAUUUUUGUCUCUGGGCUGCCUGGAGUUUCUCAACAAGCGUCAUCUUCAGAAUAUCAAAGAGCUGUCAAGAUACACGAUUCUGGAGUAUGACGAUGCAAAGCAACUGGGCUCGAUUCCCAAGCCAUUUAAGCGCAUUCAGCUACAUUACCGUUUUUUCUUACAAGUCCUAUUCGAAUCAUACCGCUUUAACCGUGUGAUUAUCCUCGAAGAUGAUCUGGAGCUCUCUCCCUCGCUUCUCAAUUUCUUUGAAGCCACUUCGCCCUUGCUCGACCAAGACGAAACAAUCGCUUGCAUUAGUGCCUUCAAUGAUAACGCGUUGGCCGAUUACGGCGACCCCAAACUGCUUCGCCGAUCAUCUUAUUUCCCCAAUCUUGCGUUAAUGUUCAGUCUUCGAUCGUAUAACAAAAUUUGGAAAGAUCAGGCUCUAACGAAAAGCACCAACGGAUGGGACCAUUGGCUCCGCGUUCGCUCGGCUUCCCUUCAUAUGGAGGGAGUGUUCCCUGUGAUUCCCCGCGUGCGACAUGGUUGUUCUGCGAACAGCACGACCGCUCAAGGCAUAAUUUGCAGGAAGUUGAAAAUGUAUCCGCUUUUCCAGGAGAGGAGCAUAGAUCUGGGCAAUUUGAAUUACAUCCUGGGUGAAAAUUAUGACCGCUUCCUUCUUUCUCAAUUCUUUGAUCCCCAAAAGAUCGAAGAAGCGAUUCAGCUUUUCUCAUGGAGCGAAGAAAUCCUGCUAAAAGAGAAUCGGACACUCCCCAAUUUCAAUCCAAGCUAUCUGAGCACUGUGAAUGUUCAAGUGUACAAGCAAUCCGCUAUUUCGUCCAUUCUGAAACCUGCAAAUACCGUCAAUGUGUUGCUUGUUGUUCGUGAAGUCGAAUCUCUUUUCGUGCGUGAUGCAUAG